AAUGAUACGGAAGAGCAGUAUGUAAGUUCAUCAUGAAGAGUAAGGGAAAGAUUUGGAAACACCCAUGGGUGUAAAAGUUAUAAGGUGUUCAGCAAAUAUAUUUAGUAAACGUCAUAUGGUGGAGAAAGGGUCCAGUCUAGUAGCAGAGCUAUGGCAACCUCUGAAAACUUAUGAGAACUGCACUAAGUUGCUGUCAUGUUGAUGACGGUACACUCAUAUUGGCAAAACAAAAAUAGGUACAUCUUCGCAUUUUAUUCCAAGUUUGAGCUUAUAUUUAAUGUAAAUUAUGAUAUUAUGUAAUUUGUUUGUUUCAAUAAAUCAUGUAAGGUCUUAUGCUUAUAACAUUACUCAGCAAUCUUAUGCCUAUAACGUUUUUUCUUUCUUUUUUAAACUAUAUUGGACACUGGAAAACAGUAGUUCAGGUAAUGUAAAUGUAAACUUUCUGCAUCAAUAGACCUGCAUCAAUCUCUCUCAUAAACUUAACUAAGUAACUAAGCAGGAAUCUACCACUAAGAUACUGUCAUUUUUUUCUCAUGCACUCCAAGACCCUUCAGUGGAAGAGGUGUGGUCUUAAGUCCUCCCUAGGUUCUUGGUCUCUGGUAUCUUUCGACUGGGGCUAGCCUGACCAUGUGACCAAUCAAACCAAUCAAAUACUACGACAGCAGCUUACUGAUAGGCUCAUCUGCUGGCGAAGGAUUUCUGUAAAUGGGAUAAUGCUGAUUAGCAGGGUUUAGGAUGACGUAGAGUAACUUUGGGUUUAAUCAUUUGAAUCCUUGGCCGUCGACUUCCCUAUGCAGGAAAAGGGACAUUAGCAUCCGUACCCGUCAACACCACCGCUUUCUUUGUUGGAAGAAACCCAUUUGUCAGGUGAAAGGAGGAGAAAACAUUGCAUCUUAUUCCCACCUUUACAUCUGGACUCCUAUCAUGGGUGAAGCAAGGACCAUGAAAAUACCCAACAUGACCCCACUUUACUGGAAUGGAUUACAAACUGCUGUUUGAAGACCUAUUUGACAAUAUACUCCUAAGGAAGACCAAAGCUGAGUUGAGACAAAAAAUUUGGGACCUAAAACCUGUUGGUGAAGGUUGAGGGACAUUGAAAAAGACAAUAAUCAAAAAGUGGACAUUUCUUUCCUUAUUAGUGUUUAAAACUAUCUGUAAAACAUGGCUCUUUUGAAGGUGAAGUUUGACCUGAAAAAACGUGUAAAGCUGGCACAGAUGCUAUGGCUUAUGUACUGGUUCUCCAUAAUGGCUGGAGUCCUGGUCCUCAGCUUGGGCCUCUUUUUUAAAAUUGAACUGCGGAAACGGAGUGAACUUAUGGACAACAAUGAAAGCCACUUUGUGCCCAACCUGCUGAUUGGAGUAGGCUUGUUGGCCUGUGGCAUCAAUGCCUUUGGUGGCAAGAUUUGCUAUGAUUCUUUAGAUUCUUCAAAGUUCGCCAAGUGGAAGACGGUGUUGAAGCCAUUCCUCAUCUGUUGUUUUCUUUUUAAUGUUCUUCUGUUCUUUACAGCACUUUUGUGCUUUACCAUGCGCAUCCCUCUGCAGUUUACUCUGGCAGAAGGCCUGAAGAACGGCAUGAAGUACUACAAGGACUCGGAUGUACCUGGCCGCUGCUACAUGAAGAGAACUCUGGAUCUAAUGCAGAUGGAGUUUCGUUGUUGUGGUAACAACAACUAUAAAGACUGGUUUGAGAUCCAGUGGGUUAGCAAUCGCUACUUGGACUUCAGCUCUAAAGAAGUCAAAGACCGAAUCAGCAGUAAUGUAGAUGGGCAGUACUUGCUGGAUGGAGUCCCCUUCAGCUGCUGCAACCCCAGCUCUCCAAGGCCCUGCAUCCAGCACCAAGUGACCAACAACUCAGCCCACUACAGCUACGACCACCACACUGAGGAACUGAACAUAUGGAAGCGUGGCUGCAGGGACGCGCUAGUUUCCUACUAUGGAGGCCUGAUGAACACUAUUGGUAUACUGGUGCUGUUGGUUACUAUGCUAGAGGUUGCUGUGAUGGUGGGAUUGCAGUAUGUGAACACAUCUUUGUCCACACUGGUCAACCCAGAGGACCCAGAGAGUGAAAGUGAAGGAUGGAUCCUGGAGAAAACUGUCAAAGAAACCUUUACUGAUAUCAUGGCCAAAAUGAAAGCCAUGGGCAAAGGCAAUCAGGUAGAGGAGGGGGCAGAGGAUCAGGCUGUGGCUACGGUGAGCUGAGCACGUCCCACCCACUAGAACUUUGGCCACUUCUGCCAAAGGUAGAGAUCGGAAAGAGAGAAUUUCUCUCCAGCACAUCACUGAAACGAUACAGCAUGAACACCCAGUCAACCAGAGCGCUGAAGUGGUUUGGUAAAAAGGCACACAACAUGUUUCAAUGUUUUAUUUUUUUGUUUUUUUUUGCUGUCAUUUUUAUUUGAUAUUAUUAUUUGACAUUGAAACUUUAAACAGAAAAUUAAUAAGUCCAACAUUAACAAAAUCCCAGUCUCUUUUAUCAACUCUAUAUUAAAAAUGAAUUUAAGGUUAUCACUUUUUUCUAAAUGUUCUUUGACAUAUUCUUAACUGUUUUGUAAACCAAUAAAUCCACAGGCUUUUUCUAGUUAAAGUAAGAUAUACUUUUGUAUCAUGUCUUUUCAUGGUAACUAUUGCUGUUGUGGAUUAGUCCAGUAUAGUAACAUACUUACUGUAAUUGUUUUCACUGAACUGAGCUACUCUUCACACAGUUAAUAGAAACACUGACCUAAAAUAGAGUUUAUUUAAUCAUUUAUGAAAUAUCUAUUCUGCGCCAUAUUGUUCUAGGCUUAAUGAAUUUUGACAUUCUGUAAUUCAACACUUGGUAUUUUGUCUGGGCCAGCUUUUUCUUUGUAAGUAGCAUUAUUUCAAGAUGCUAGGUAAAUGUAUGCAUAAUUAUAAUGUAGGAUUUAAGGCAUGAUAAAACAUGGUCAUGGUCAUGAGCAAACAGGUCAAUGUAUAAAUAACGGCUGUAGCUGAUGGCCUUCUCUCAGUAAUGAGUGUAUCAUGGCAUUCUUCAGCGGUUCUCUGUGCUGUUUCUUUAGAAUACAGUAAUGCUUCUAACUACUGUGGGAAGAUGAAUUAUUUAAAGAGUAUACAAGAUUGCAUGUGCAGAAUAUCUUUACAAAUCUCUCCAAAUGUAGUUUAAUAUAUUUAAUAUCCCUAUGCUGUCACCACUCAAGUAAAAUUGCUUAACAUUGACCAUGGAACUCUCCACCUCUGGCCCACUGGUCACCAACUAUCUGCUCUUCAUUUUUUAUCUUCAUAUCAUAUCUCCUCAAAUGGUACACCACCUAGCUCUACAACCAGCUUGUGCCAUUCUAUCUCUGAUUUUACUCUGGUAUGUUCUAUUCUGUGGUGAAACAAUGCUCAAUGCUAACACAGUUUAUGUUUGAGUUUCAGUGUACUGAUGGUUUUUGUCUGACUCACAGAGAGACAUCAGUCAGGUUUUUUUCACUUUUUUUGAAUGAAUUACAACAAAUGUCUUUUAUAAAUGUAUUAUCAUAUUUUUGGAAUGAUAAGGGGGCGUUAAGUCUUUUGGAUUUCUUGGAGAUAUUUUCAUUAAACUGAGAUAUUUUUAUGAACUUUAUCAGAUAUUUAGCUAUUUAGCGGCUCUGCAGAUUACACAAACCAAAGACAUGACAACAAACAUGAACAGAUAGAAGUUUCAAUAAGAAUAAGAAACAAUCUGACAGUAAUGGGAAGAUGGGACUUUUUUUAAAAGUGGGACAAGCUAAAACAUGUUUAGCAGGUGUAAUUAGCAUGCGUUUGAAGCUGCUGAUGUGACGCAGAGGGACUUCCAGUGCCAGAGCGAAUGGGAUGCCUGCGAAGACCCCUGGAGUUCGUUCAGGAGGACACUUUAUAAGUGGCAGCUAAACCCUGACCUCUGCACUGCGAACGGCUCACCUGGGUUUGGAGUUCUCUUGCUUUAAAACAGCAGAGUCUCCAAGGCAGUACAAUACAAAUUACUCUAUAUUAAACUAUAAACAUAUGUAAGUGUGUAAAUAGUAUAGAAUUGUUAUAUAUUUUCUUGAAUUGUUUUGUAAAUAAUCAUGUAAAGGUUUAAAUGCUUUAUGAAAGUUUAUGUGUGUAGCACUUACUACAUUUAUUACUGUAAAUAAAAUGUAGCAGAGUUUAUGUUAUAAUAAAAUACCAUAAGAAAA